CUUAAAAUACAGCCCUAUCUAUCGGUUGCACGUAGUAAGAUUCAAGAAAUAGUUCGUAUCAAUUUUACAACGUUAGUCAUGAUAAGAUGGAUAAAAGCGCCUUCGAAUUUCAAUUCAAUUCCAACAACAAUAUUAAUAAUGUGAUCACAAGAUCACUGAUCAUCAAAUUCAAGAUCAUGAAGAUCGUCUUCGAUCCGUGAUCUUUAACAAUCAGAGAUGCACCGCGGGGUCCGUUUUACAAUUAUUUGAUAAGGAGGCAAAUGUUGUUUUGACUAAAGGAAAUUUGUAUUCGAUUUGUCUGGAGAGACAAAAAAAAAAAAUGUGUCUAAACCACACAGCAUCAGAUAGAUAUUUUUAAUUUUUCAGAUUGUUCAUGUGUGAUAACAUAAUGAUGUCUCAUGAUUUAUUCACAUGAACAGCCAAAUUUUGUCCUUACUGAUAUUCAUCUAUUGCCAGUAUUUCUGUCUGAAUGUACAAAUAAACAAAUAACCAAUCCAUUUUAGAUGAAAUGGAAGCCAAUGCAAUGGACCAAGAAAAACAAUCAUUGAUGAACAUAUUAGAAUCAUUGGAUCUGGGUUCAUCUGAAAUUGAUGACGCAGAAUUCAAUAUUCCUAAAGUUAAUGACAUUCCAACUGUAGAAAGUAUACUAAACGAUGAAAAUUUAUCCUUAAUGAGUGAAGAUGAUCUGACUGUCUAUCAGAACAAAUUAAAAGUACCAUGGUAUGAUUCAGGAGCUGAUUCUGCUUCAUUAGGUAGUUCUUGUAGCAAUCGCUUACUCAUAGAAAAAUUACCCAAAAGUUUAAGUAUAAAAUCAGAUCCAGGACGGAUUUUACGCCAUACUGUUUUAAAGCCUGUAUCUAAUCAAAUGCAAUCAUUUUGUGAUCGAUUUAAUGCUGGACAACCUACUGCUAUUAAAUAUUCACUUCUCAUUUCCAUUGGUACUACCAAAGGUUUUAUGAUUUUAUUUGAUUCCUCACAAACAUUCCUAUGGUAUCAUGAAGCAGUGGACUGUGGUGCAGUAUCAGCUAUAGAUUUUAACCAUGAUUGUUCUAGACUAUUAGUUGGAUACAUUAAUGGAACAAUAAUAAUGUUUGAUUCGUCUUCUACUACUUGCAAAACAUUACGAGUUAUGAAUGAUGCUCAUACUCCAGACACUGCAGUAUUACAUCUAAAGUUUACAGAUUUACCUAAUUUAGCUGUUGUAAAUGAUAGUGCUGGUUCAGUUUUUGAGUUAAAUUUCAAAAGAAAUUUUGGCAUACGAAGUGUGGAACCAAAAUGUUUGUUUUCUGGCGGUCGUGGAAGAGUAUGUUGUAUUGAACCAUUGUUAUUCAAUCAAUUGUCUAGCCAUCCUAUGAAUGGAUAUAUAAUAAUUGCAAUGGCAACUUUAUCAAAAUUAAUUAUUGUAACAAUUCGUCCAAAUACUGAAUUAUUAUUAUCACAAAAUAUAAUUUCCUCACGUCCAUGUUUACCUCUAUUAUCUUGGCAAUUUGUAAUUAUACAAUUUAAUAAAACAACAAAUUCAAGUCACAAAAUAAUGGAUCCAGUAUUAGCUUUUACACGAGACGAUACAGUUUACUUUUAUCAGGUCAAUAUGAAUGACCAAGAUUGUCUUUGUUGUUGUACUUUACAAAAAAUAACAUUACCAUACACAAUUCUUGCAUGUAGCUGGAUGAAUGCUCGCACAUUAUUGACUAUGGACUCAUCUGAAAAAGUGUAUCUUGUUGAUGUUCGUGUUGGAGAUGAAAUGGAAUGUUCAGAUGUUUUGAACAUUUCAUUAGUCUAUACUUCCAGUUAUUAUGAUGGUAUAGAUAGUCAACAUUUAGAUAUAUGUUGUUAUAGUGCAGUUCAUGGUUAUAAUAGUCAAUUAAUAUUAUUAGGCAAGAAAAAUAUUCACAUUAUAAGUAUUAGAAGUUGGAUUGAACGUUUAGAUAGUUUGACUGAUAAAAAACUUUUUGGUGAUGCAUUACAAUUAGGUGUUGAUUUUUUGGAAGAAAGAGGCAAAGCUGUUCUUGGCCUUAGAGGCACACGAGCUCAUAGACAUAGAAUUGUAAAGGAAAAGGUUAUUGACAUAGUAUCUCUUUAUAUUGAGUCAAUGGUUGAUAUGAAUAAUUCUACAAAUUAUAAAGAAGGUAUUCCAAUUGUAUUUGAUAUAUGUGUGCAUUUGCAAAAAACAGAUCUAUUAUUUGAUCGUUUAUGGGAUGGAAUAGAGUCAAUUGAAUCUGCUUAUAAAGUAUAUUUGGAUUGUUUAAAGAAUUAUUUAUUCGAAGGUCAAUUUGAUGAAGUGCCAACAGUUAUAGUUCAAAAGUUAUUUGCAUACCUUUCACAAACUAAUCAAUUGGAGGAACUUGAAAAAUGUAUGCUCAAUAUAAAAGUUGAAUGUUUAGACAUUGAACAAUCUCUACAUUUAGCAAGGGGUCAUUCACUAUAUGAUGGUCUCAUAAGUAUUUGGACAAGAGCAUUAGAAGAUUAUAUUGCACCCUUACAAGAACUUGUUCCUAAAAUUACUACAUCAUCAAAUGGAGAGUAUAAAGAUUUAACUAUAGAACUCGGAAACAAAAUUUUGAUUUAUAUGAGUGGAUGUUUACUAGGAAUUGCUUAUCCAAAUAGAGGAGAUAUACCUCAACAUUUACAGGAUGUGGUGAGAAACAAUAUUGUACAAUUCCUUUGUUCUCAACACAGUAUAAAAUCAAAAGAUGAUGAAGAUAUAUAUCCAUAUUUAAGAAUCUUGCUUAAAUUCAAUACUACUGAGUUUCUAAAUGUACUUUCUAUGGCAUUUUCUGAUCAUCAUUUUACAAGUCAGCAAAAACAACGUAUUUGUUGUAUUUUAUCAUCUCUGACAAUGAAUAGCAAAGAUUUAAAAUCCAAUCAACUGGGUUUAGUAUAUGCAUUUAUAGUACAAUGGCAACAAGAACAAGAUAAUUGUAUAAAACCGGAUAAAAAGGUCUUUGAAGCUGUUAUAUCAAUGUUGAUAUCUUCAGAACAAACCACACCUUUUGAAGAUCGGGAAAAAGCAUUUAUUCAACUAAUACGCUCAGGUGCUUUUGAUGAUAAUCCUGAUGUAUUGAAAAUUGCUGAACAAGCUAAAUUUUAUGCUGUAUGCAGAGAUAUUUAUGCUGAACGUGGAGAUUUUAGUCAGAUGUUUAAAUAUUAUAUACUUGAUGAUUCAAAAAAACAUCAGAUAUUUUCAUUCAUCAGUUCAAAACCAGAAUAUUUUGAACAGCUAUCUUAUGACAAUUUAAAGGUAUUAUUGGAAAUAGAUGCUGGUAAAUGUGGUUUAAUUUUUGGUACAUUUUAUCAAAAAUAUAUGUCUGAUGUUAUUAAUCAAAUAAAAACAAAUCAUCAAAAAUUUCUCUUCUUAAAAGGUGCAAUACCAUAUAUAAAUUCCGAUGUUACACUAUGUACUCAUUACAUGGAACUUUUAUGUCAGUAUGAACCAAAUGCUGUAUUGGAUUUUGUAAAAUCUAAUGAUUCAUUACAUUUAACAAAAGCAAUGGCUGCCACAAGAGGAGCCGGGUUGGAUAAUGUUACUGCAAUGUUGCUGGAAAGAUUAGGUGAUUUUCAGGGAGCAUUUGAUUUAUUAUUCAAUAAACUGCAGGAAGCCAUACAAGAGGAAAAUUCUGUUGAAGAAUGUACUGAAGCUUUAAUAGCAUUAGCUCAAAGAGGAUCGGCUGUGCUUGAUCCAAAAUCUACGUGGUUACCAAUAUUACAAUGUCUUCUUAGUCUUCAAUCACACGAACAUUUACGAAAAAUUUUGGAUAUCAGUGACCUUAAUUUAGCCACUGAAAUGCAUUUGCUAAUAAAUAGUUCUACAGGCACUGUUGGUCAUUUCAGGAAUCUAAUAAUGGGUUUAAUUGAUAAAUGUCAGUACGAAUUGGAAAUGUUAAAGUUAUCAGAAGGAUUGCUUCAUGGUGAUUUACAUAAUCAAUUGGCUAAAGCGUUAAAUGUAGCCAAACAUGGUAUAUCGAAUCCUAUAAUAUGUUCCUCAUGUAAACAAAAAUUUAUAUUGGAACCCAUGUUUGUAUUCAGAUGUGGCCAUGGAUUUCAUUCUGAUUGUUUGGGUCUGCACACAACGUGCACAUUAUGCAACUAAUAUUUAAAUGCAAUAUUAAGUUUUAAAUAUUUACUUAUUUUUGUUGUUUAUCAUUGUUAAAUAUUUUUUAUUAUUUUUUUGUUUAUUUCAAUUGUAGUCAAUUAAUAACCUUAUCCUACAUUAUACUAUCAGUUU